CACUAAAUCCUUAAGUUUUGUAUCUUACAUCAAAACAUUAUUGAGUAUUAACAAUAUGUUGUCACCAAACCUUGCAAUGUCGACAAUGGCUAUGUGUGCAACUUUAUUGCUAUUCCUUUUGUGCUCGCCAUCAGUAGCUAUAUUACUCACCAGGUUGCAACUACCAUCACCAGUGAUGGGUCCUGAGUCUGUAGCAUUUGACCGAAACGGUGGAGGUCCAUAUGUUAGUGUUUCUGAUGGAAGAAUUCUUAAAUACGUUGGUCCAGCCGAGGGAUUCAAGGAAUAUGCUUACACUUCACCUAACAGGAACAAGACAAUCUGCGAUGGGCUUACUGAUUUCUCAGAACUUCAAGCAACAUGUGGGAGGCCCUUAGGGUUACGUUUCAACCAUCAAACAGGUGAACUGUACGUAGCAGAUGCUUAUUUUGGGCUUAUCAAGAUCGGCCCUAAUGGAGGGGCUCCAACCCAAUAUUCUCAAGGUAUCCAUCCACAAGAGAAAGAGAAUAGCACCACUUUUCCAUUUCUCGAUGGCUUGGACAUAGACGUCAACACCGGAAUCGUUUAUUACACCGAAGCUAGCUCCAACUAUCGUUUCAAGGAUAUUGAGGCACUGCGAGGAAGCAGAGAUAUGUCUGGGAGCUUAUACUCAUUAGACCCAAGCACAAACGAAACAAGAGUGUUGAUGAGGGGCCUUGCUUUGGCAUCUGGUGUGGCAGUGAGUAGAGAUGGGUCAUUUGUUCUUGUAAGUGAAUAUUUGGCUAACAGAAUUCAGAGAUUCUGGCUUAAAGGGCCAAGGGCAAAUUCAUCUGACCUAUUCUUGCAACUUACGGGUAGGCCUGAUAACAUUUGGAGGAACCCUAGAGGUGAGUUUUUGGUGGCAGUGAACGGUUUAAUAGGACCAAGUCCACCUCGUAGACCUGCUAUUAUACCUGGAGGAGUGAGGGUUAGUGAGAACGGUCUGAUUUUGCGUAUUAUGUCUCUUAUUCAGGAGUUUGGAAGUGAGGCAGCGAGUGAGAUUCAUGAGCAUAAUGGGACAAUCUACUCUGGCUCAAUGCAGGCUUCCUAUAUUCCCAUUUCUACUAUCAUAUAGUAUUUCUAUGUGGCCAACUUUAAAUUUAAUAAAUAAAAAAUAAAACAAACUAUUCAUCCCUGUUA